UUCCAAAACCUUUCUUCUUCUAUCAGUCGAACACCUCAGCAUAUCAGUAGCAGUCGCAGCGGGAAGAGAAGCAGAAGCAGCCAUGGGUAUUGAUCUAGUUGCUGGAGGUAAGUCCAAAAAGACUAAACGCAUUGCCCCAAAAUCCGAUGAUGUUUAUCUCAAGCUUCUCGUCAAGCUGUACCGGUUUCUUGUGAGGACUGGGAGCAAGUUCAACGCGGUGAUACUGAAGAGGCUAUUCAUGAGCAAGAUUAAUAAAGCUCCUUUGUCUCUAUCACGCUUGGUUACUUACAUGGAUGGAAAGGAGGACAAGGUUGCUGUAGUUGUAGGAACUGUUACUGAUGAUGUUCGGGCUUAUGAAGUCCCUAAACUCAAGGUUACUGCAUUGAGAUUCACCCAAACAGCUAGAGCUAGGAUUGAGAAGGCCGGGGGAGAAUGUUUGACCUUUGACCAGCUCGCUCUCAGAGCCCCUCUUGGUCAGAACACGGUGUUGCUUAGGGGUCCAAAGAACUCGCGGGAAGCUGUUAAGCACUUUGGUAAAGCUCCUGGUGUCCCAGACAGCCACACAAAGCCUUAUGUUCGCGCAAAGGGAAGGAAGUUUGAGCGAGCAAGAGGGAAAAGAAAUAGCAGAGGUUACAAGGUUUGAGGAGGUGCAGAUGUUUGAAUGCUCAUUGAUAGAAUUUCUUUUAGAAGGUUUUCCCAACCUAUUUUUGCCAUUAUAGUUACUUGCUGUUGGAUUUUUUUUAUUUCACCCCUGUUUCACUAAAACUCCAGCAUCAUAUUGCUGAUUUUUGAGUGUGUUA